AUGGAGACCUGGUUUUGGAUUCUUGGAUGGGUUCUUUCCUUUCUUGCCAUCGCUGGAAAUGGAUUUACAAUCUUCCUCGUCUGCAGCAGACGAAAUCUCCGCACCAAAACCAACGCGUUUAUUGUUUCACUUGCAGUGGCGGAUUUUUGUGUUGGUUUGAGCGUUGUUCCUUCUUUGUUCGCAUGCGACGUUACAAACACCUGCUACUGGCCUAAGGUUUUUCCUUCAUGGAAAGAUGUCGUAAGGUGGCUGUUUAGCUACUUGUCUGUUUUAAACUUGUGUUCUCUGGUGCUCGACCGUUAUAUCGCCAUCGUAAAGCCUUUUAAAUACAUAACUUUUAUGACUCGAUCUCGUGUUAUUCAAGUGAUAACUUCUUGUUGGAUAGCGUCAUUUACGCUGGUUGCGUUCAAGACCGCACUUCGGCUUUGCUGCGAGACCCCUCUGACCAGUAUCGUUGCAGUUGUGGUUUUAAUGAUUUUCAUGGAAAUCGUUCCAUGCGUACUGCAAGUACUCUGUUUCGCGUCAAUGUUACUUCAUGUAUGGAAACAUGAUCGGUCAACACGCACCCUAGCAAAACAGUUACGUUUUAACCAUCGGGUAUCUUUUAAAACCCAUCACGAGAAGUCUGCAGUAAUAAUGAUGGAUAUUGUGAUAGGAGUGUUUGUUGUGUGCUACGGAAUAUAUUUGCGUUGUAGUCUGUUAGUAGUAUUCGACACAAAUGCAUCAUGUAAAGAUGAACAAUACAAAAUUCCUGUAUUGGUUUUAAACUCGGCCAUUAACCCACUGUCUUAUGCUUUUUUCAAAAGAGACAUAAAGAAAGAGUUUAAAAGGCGUAUCAGUCAGGUGGUUUAAUUUAGGCGGAAAAGUAACCAAGUAGAGCCUUCCACUUGAUCAUUUCUGAAGGACAUAGAUCUUAAUAUUAGUUGGCAGAACUGCCUUUGAUAGCGGAUUGUGUCAGGCAUCGCGGGCGGCAGUUUUGGGGCCGGCAAUUCCCUGGCGGUUUGUCUCAAAUCAUAGUUUGGAAGCACUGGUGUUUAAGGAGGGUACAAGAACCAAUACAAAGGACGAUAAGAAUACAAUCUAAUAGGGACCUUACUAUCCGAAAACAGAGACGCCAAUGAAAACGUCGCUGAAAAAUAGACUUCGGGUCCUUUUUCGCCCUCAUACCAAGUCGCUCAGUGAAUUGAAAGCACGGAACAUGUGUUAAGCUGGAACUGAAGAGAGGACACCGCGCCCGAGUUCAGAGAGGGAUAGUAAAUAAAUUUAUCGCCUUGUCGUUCCAGUUCUUAAGCCCGUCAACUAAAAAAAAAUUGAAUAUUCCACGUUGUAGUUGUGUACGGACAGCGGAGAAAUGUACUAAAAAAAGUGAUGCACGUGCAGCCGGAGCUGUUGUUUUGCUCACUGAAGCCUAUUGUGUUGUAUUUUCGUAAGGUUCCUAGCAGUAUAUGUCAGUUGCUCUUGAGACGGCGAUUCUGAGGUAUCAAGCCCACGUCAACAGUAGUGGUAGACGAAAUUUCUAAUUGAAUUUUUUGUUUCAAACCAAGGGAAAGUAUUUCUUUUUCCUGGCUUUCCUAGCCAUUAUAAAAACUAAGAGUGCAGCCAUUGCUUUUUUCUCUUCUCUUCCUUUCCUUCUCCUCGCCCUUUCUGCUUUUCUUUUCUUUCGUUACUAUGAUUUUGGAGCUUCUGACGGGCUUAAGAAACCUGCCUUUUGACACUUUUUCACUCAAAUGACUGCAAAUUUCGUUAGGUUGUUUUUCAAAAAAUCGGCUAGGUAUAUAUAUUAAAAAUCGUUUUGGAAUUGUUGGUAAUUCGAUUACAUAUCAUCGUCAUUAUUGUAAACCAGUCCCUUUUUUAUACGAUUUGCUUGUAAUCUUAUUUUUAAGAACGGCUUGUAACAACGUUGUACUGAUUCAUUAAUGUGCGAUGAUGUUGAGAUUGAACCUUGCUUACUUACUUAAUUGUUAAAUAAUGGUUACUUCUCGGGUUUCGAACGUCUGCCACGCAGGCUCUGUUUAGUCCACUGACUACCUUCUUUUUUCGACCCUCCCAUGUGCCUAGCUGAAUAUUUCUGGAUUCAACUCAAGCCACCACUUUUACCCUAUUUAUCUGUUAUCUUUUCCUCAAAUACUUCAAAGCAGGUUAUUUGACUGUCGGUUGUAUAUUGUGAACAACAAGCUCCGACACUUGACUGUCGGGGGUAAGGUUUGGGGAAUUGCAUUUCACAAUUGUACCUACUGGUCUAUGAUAACAGCAACCGUCUGUACCAUCCUGUCGUUCACAUCAGCUAUAUGAUCCGGAUCCGCCUGUAGGUCAGUUUAUUCUUUGUCCUUGCUAGGCCUGCUAGGCAUGAUGGGACCAACAACAACUUAAAACAACUUUAUUUCAAAAUCCUUGUUACAAAAUAGAAUUAAAACACAACCCUCAAGAAGCAAAGGCUAUUCGUGAAGCAUGAAGCAAAAUACAAUACUAGGAGUAGCCGGCCAGUUGAAGUAACAGGUGGAGUGACAGUCUCUAUAAAUUGGACUGAGUUAUUUCGUCAGUGUUCUUUGUGAGGGUAUAACAAUAUUUAUGAAAAUAAGAAAAUGCCAAAUAACCAGAGAGCUUUUUUAAAAAAGCUUUCUGAAUGGAAUGGCGUCGUAGCCAGGAGAUAAAUCUGUUCACUCUUUUCUUCUGCAAAGAUAAAGUAUAUAACCAAAGAAGACUGUUUACGACGAAAAUAUGCAGUUAAAUUGUUAAAACGCUAUCUUCAAGAACGACGAAGAGUUCCCCACGCUGAAUGGAUACUUUUUAAGCCUCUUUGGCCCGAGAAAACAGCGUUUUCUUUAAUUUCCAAAAGCCAGUCAUUUUUAUUCACGAAGUCUUUGCAAAGCGGCAGAAAGGCCAUGACAUAGAGCUACUUGGAGAUAUUAAGUAAGAGACACAUAACUGAGAGCAUGCGCACAAUACGUCGCGUCAAUCGAAAACAAAACCCCAUUUACACUAGCAAGUUACAAUUUGUGAAUAAAAACAGUCCCUUGUGUAUCUGAAUACGAUUUAAAAGACCAUAUAUAAUUAUGUUCUUUUGCGAUACUCGCGGAAAGGUAAAAAAUCCUAACCUAACCUAAAUUUAAAUAAAACCUAAUCCUAACCAAAAAUUCCUAACGCAGCGUCAUCCACUCACUAAUUAAUUAGUGCACAAAGUUCUCGACAAUUCCACGAUUUUCAUAUAACUUGAUCUACUGAAAAACUUUUAGGCCAAUUAAAUUUUGAGGAGUAACUGUAAUUUUGUGCCAACUCACCAAAGUCUGUGUUUUUUUCCGUCGAGUUCGUUGACGGUUGUUCGCGAGGGAGAGCCGAUGCUCGGAAAAAACAGUGGUCGACUGGUAAUUUCCAUCUUUUGGUUCGUCACUUCCUCUCUCGUGUUCCUCUUUACCUCUCUUUGGCGAAGAUUCAAAAGGCUUGUCGCAAGAGGUGAUGGUAACUCUCGCUGUUUUAGUGAACGUUGUAGCAAUUGAACACUCAAUCCUCGUUUUAACCAAGAUUGAGUGUUCAGGAAGUGGCCGAGAACAUUAUUUUACGCAUGUGUUUGGCCACUUCCUUUCACAGCUGCAGGUAUUUUGCCCAAUCUGGUGCACAAAUGGCAAGCUGCUGCAGGUGGCUACCCGGUCUUGAGGGCACUUCAAUGUGGAGAGCCGAUAAUUGAGGAAAGCCAGGAACUUAAAGGAUAGCCUGACCAACUGGUGGUGUUAUUAUCGAACAGCAGGAACUUGAUCGGGUUUAGGUCACGGAAGGAAGCUUGGCUCAGGAUGUAUAGGCUGUUUGGGGACAGAUGAUGUUCCGUCUGACUGACAGGAUAACAUUCUGCGCUACCAGAGUUGUUCGGGAAUCCAUUCCCUUUUCAUUCACCAUGUUCACAGGUGCAAGAAUUUUGUUGGCGUCUGAUACAGGUACUAUGACUGCUUCCGAAGAUGGUUUUGAUGACACGAGGACUCCCUGUCACGCUAUAAUAGGGAGCUUAAGCAACGACGACUGGAACGGGAACGGGAACAGGAACGGCUAAAAAGGCAAUAGGUUAGAUUAGCAAAACAACAACUUUGCAUCACGUGCAUCACGCUUUUUUUUCUUACAUUUCUUUGCCGUCAACACGACUACAACGUAACAGUGCCUAAUUUCACUUUUUUUCUUUUACGGGGACACAAGACAACAACUUUCUUUUUCUUUUCGUGAACUUUGCUACAGUCCUUCAGAAUUCAACUCCAAAAAAUUUGCCCACAUAUGACAAAUUAAAAGAGAUGCAAUAAACGCGAUAAAGUUUGAGGCAGCGCGAAUUCACUUUUUAAAUGACUCCAUAGCAGUCGCCGUCGUUGUUGCUAAGCUUCCUAAUGGUGAGACAACAGUACAAUCGUGUUUCCCUCCGCGGUUGUUACUUCAUUAGUGUCGAGCUCUGUGAUGGUCGCUCCUCCAGACGAUGGCCCGGGCCACUGGAAGUACUUUAUACAGCAGUUCAUCAGUAAUAAUAUACACUAGGGAGCUAGCUGCAUGAUUCAGACUUUCGCCUAGGCUGUAGACCAAAUCGAGUUACUGUUCUACCCGAUCAAGUUUUUGUUGUUUCUGCCGAAGUUCCUGGGCUCUCUGAUCAAGCCCCUUUAACAGGGAAGUGCACGAAGUGCACUUAGCCUUCAGCUUGAGGUUUUUUCCUUUCAAAUAGUUUAAAAAAGGCUCAAGCCAAAAGCUCACUGCACUUCACUGUUUACUGAAUAAACAGGGCAGUACAGUAAGCCUUCAGCUUGAGGUUUUUUCCUUUCAAAUCGUUUAAAAAAGGCUCAAGCUGAAAGCUCACUGCUCUUCACUGUUUACUGAAUAAACAGGGCAGUACAGUGAGCCUUCAGCUUGAGGUUUUUUCCUUUCACAUCGUUUUAAAAAAGCUCGAACAAGCUGAAAGCUUAUUGCACUUCACUGUUUAUUGAAUAAACAGAGCAGUACAGUGAGCCUUCAGCUUGAGUUUUUUUUCUUUGACAGCGUUUAAAAAGCUCAAGCUGAAAGCCCAUUGCACUUCAUUGUUUAUUGAAUAAACAGGGAAGUGCAAUGAGCUUUCAGCUUGAGGUUUUUUUCCUUUCACAUCGCUUAAUUCCCUUACAGCGUUCCUAUGCCUCCGUUUGAUGUCUUCUUGCGAUUCUUUUAGCCGCUGUAACUCUUUUCUCAAAUUAUUUUCUUUUAAUUUUCCCGAUCUUUCCAGAUCGGUGAGGUUCUUUUGAGUUUUUAACAAAUCUUUUCUCGGAAGUGAUUAUCUUCUUUCAACUACUGUCGAUCUGAUCGCAGGUUAUUAAUCACUACACCUUUUGCUAUGCUCGCAGCUGUAUACAUACAUCUCUACCAUCCUUAGUCGACGGAGAAUCUUUUCUGAAAUGCACAAAAACAAUCAUUUUUAGAUAAAAAUCACUGAUUCUGUAAAAUCUCUCCGUAAGUUUCAGUUUCGUUUUUCUUUUUCCAAAAGUGAAGUUUUUAGCUAAAGAGUGAUGUCAUAGAGAAUUGACCAUAAGUUAUUUGCGCGCGCAAAGGCUUGUCUAGAGCUGCGAUACUAAUGGUCAGCAAUAGAGCAUCCGUGGGUUUGUCAAGCUAUUGUGAUGUAGGAUCUAGGUGUUAGGUCAGUAUAUCGUUCAGUCACUUUUAAAAUGUUUUGUAUACAAUGAUUGUUAAUCGCAGAAGCCUGCGAGCAAGCUUUUCACAGCGAACGAGUCCGUGAUACACGCGAGAGAACUUGCGAGUGAGUCAACAAUUCUUUGCGCGCUAGCGCGUUGCUUCUUUCAAUAUUCUCCCCAGUCUACACCAGUACGAGCCAAUUACUAUCGCCUCCUGACACCAAAAAAUUUCCAGCAUUUUACCAGAACGAUAAAAAAGGCCAAAAUUUUGUUCGGCAGAAGUUAUGGCUUAAAAAACGAUGCGUGAAAAAAAGCGGUAAUUAACAAUGUAUUUCUCAUUAUUGCUUAUUUCUUUACACAGUUUUUGUGUUAUGUAAACUAGGGCUUCAAAGACCACUGCAAAAACCGUGAAUGAUCAAUGUAACGUUGGAUCAAACAAGAACGUGAUCAGUCGAAAAAGAUAAAAAUAGAAUUAAAGUCAAAAAGACUACUGCAGGCAAAGACUGAUCAAAAAACGUGAAAACAGCUGAGGUAUAUAAACCACGAAUAUACAGAAUAAAUACUACUGUAAAGUAAUAAACAGAAGUUACAUGAUAUGACUUGGUAAGGUGUGGCUGCUAAGAGAAAUAAAUAAAGAUUACAUAAUGAUUAUAAUUCGUCACGUUUAUUCACUCCUAGAGGCUCAAUGGUUUUGGCUUUAUGAGUGAGGUGCGCCUCACUUGCUUUCCUGAGACAAUUGCGUUCAUAUCUAAGUGUUUUAGUACUAGGGAUAAGUAACAUAUGGGAAACAGAAUGGCUAUUGCUGAGAAAGUGUUCUGAAACUGCGGUUUGGAUGUAACUACCGGAGGGGUUAAAGUAUAGGGCGUCUAUAUCUAAAAACGGUCCUUGAGGCGGCGUUUGGUUUCCCCAAAAUAUUGCAAAUUUUAUACAAAGGUGGCAUUGAAUCAUGUAGAUAACAUUGAAAAUAUUGCAAGUAAUGUGAGAUUUGAUUUUGUAGGUUUCACCUGCAGAGUAGAAAGAAAAAUUGUCACGGCCGUGCAUGGUCAAUAUAGGCGCAUGUGGUGCAGUUCCUCCUGUUGCACCGAAAAGAACCGGGAGUGGCCCGGGCAUUGUUACAAUUAUCAGUCUCGGGCAAUUCAACAAGAAUAUCGCUUAAAUUGUUAGAAUGGCAGUAAGAUACUAUUAGAAGGCUUUUAAAAACAUUUCUACAACGUUCUGAGGAGCAGAGGACGUGGGAAUGUUUGUGAAUAAUGCGCGCGACAUUCAGGUGGCAAUGUAAGGGUUAUAUGUAAUAAAUAACAAAACGGAGUGGUUUCAGUCUGCGUAGGAGGUUUGUGUUUAAGUGCGUCAGCACGAGGAACGUCUGAGGCACGCUGUAUUUGUGUCGUGAGAAAGGCUUUGUCGUAACCACGAUUGGUAAGGUAGUUAAUAAGUUCAUUAGUAAGCUGUAUCUAACUGUCAUGGCUGGAAAAGAUGCGAAGGCGAAGUGCAAGGCUGUAAUGAAUAGAGCGUUUAGUGUGAUGAGGAUGACAAGAUGAAAUGACAAGAUACUGGUGUUUGUCAGUAGGUUUAGAAUUAAUAGGUCAGUUUCCAUGAAGCCAUCCUUGACUGAAACCAUUGCAUCAAGGAAAGGGAUAUUGUUAAACGAGUGUGAGCAUGUAAACUUUAUGGUGGAGUUUAAGUUGUUAAGCGUUAAGAUAAUCGACAAAUAGCUACAGUUUCUCUAGAACUUCAGUCCAGAUCAUGAAGAUAUCUACGAUUAAUCAGAGCCACAAUAAUAGUUGAUAGGGAGCGCGAAGAAGAGCGUCGUGUUCGAAUUUUCCAAGGAAAUAAGUUGGCGUACGACCGAGCGAUUCUAGUGCCCAUAGCUGUGCCGAGUUUAUGAAGAUAAUGCAUGCUGAGAAUUAAAAGUAAAUUUGUUCAUGGUGAGGAUAACACAAAUGAGGUCGCAAAUGGCUUCUGUAGAAAAAGGCGUUUAUUAGCUCUAUCAAUUUAAGCGAUAUAUUUUUGUUAGAGCUCAAUUGCCAGAGACUGAUAAUAUCAACAAUGCCCGGGCCACUCUCCCGGUUCUUUUCGGUGCAACAGCAGGAACUGCACCACAUGGCCCUAUAUUGACCACCGCCGUGACAAUUAUACUUUUACUACUCUACGGGUGAAACCUACGAAAUCAAAUCUCACAUUCCUUGUAAUCUUUUCAACAUGUUCAAUGUUAUCUGCAUGAUUCAAUGCCGCCUUUGUAAUUUGCAAUAUAUUGGGGAAACUAAACGCCGCCUCCAGGACUGUUUUAAUGAACAUAGACUUCCUAUACUUAACCGGCCUUCGGUAGUCGCAUCCAAACCGCAGUUUCAGAACACUCUCUCAGCAAUAGCCAUUUAGAUAUGAACACGAUUGUCUUAGGAAAGCAAGUGAGGCGCAUCCCAUUCAUAAAGCCAAAACCAUCGAGCCUCUGGGAAUGAACAAACGUGACGAAUUAUAAUCAUUCUUUAUCUAUUUUUCUUAGCAGCCACACCUUACCACGUCAUACCAUGUGAUUUCCGUUAAUUAUUUUACAGUAGCAUAUAUUCUGUAUAUUCGUGGUUUUCCGUAAAAAAACGGAUGAAGCCUGGUAGUGGCCACUUGAAAUGUUGUAUACCUUAGCCUUUUUCACGCCCAUCAGGGCGGUUGCGCGAGAACGGUUACCCCUAAUUUUAUUGGUGUCUUUCAUACGUUAUGGCUAUCUCAGCGUCUGGAGUUACAGAGGUUUAUAAGAUAAUGUUAAAACUGUCCAAUUUUCUUACAUUUCUCUAAGAUCGGGCACUGACUUAAAGUCACUUAACCGAAAAAUUAUUGCCCAGACAAUAUUAAUGCAAUUAAUUAAAUGGGCCCUAAGUUUUAGUACGUUUGCAGCAGAAGAAAUCUCCGCACCAAAACCAACGCAACGCAUUUAUUGUUUCACUUGCAGUAGCGGAUUUCUGUGUUGGUUUGAGCGUUAUUCCUUCUCUGUUCUUCUGCGACAUUACAAACACCUGCGACUGGCCUCAACAUUUGCUAUCUUGGUCAACUUGGGUGAAUAUUAUAAGGUGGUUGCUUAGUAAUUAACAAGUCUGUUGUAAAAUUAUGCGUCUUAGUACUGGAUCGUUUUAUUGCCAUCGUUCAUCCUCUAAAAUACGUUACUUUCAGACUCGCUGUCGAAUUAUCCGAAUUAUUGUCUUCUAGCUUGGGUUAUACCAGUUAGUUUUUGCGCGCUAAAGAUUACCCUUUAUAUGUUUUAUUUCAAAACAAUACCUGUCCCUGUCCCUCUUAUUUGGCUGACAAUAAUUUCCGAGUUUCUUCAAUGUGUUCUGUUAACACUCUGCUUUCCAUCAAUGAUAUUUCACGCACGCAGGCAUAAACAGUCAGCAGGCACCUUAGCAAAACAGUUACGUUUUAACCAUUAGAUGUCGUUUAAAAUCCUCCACGAUAGGUCUGCAGUAAUAAUGAUGGGUCUUGUGAUAGGAGUGUUUCUUGUUUGCUAUGGGAUGCAUCUGACUUGGCGCUGUGUUUUAAAGAAAAUAAUAAAGAAAACUAAAGCCUACCACUUGACGUGCGUAACUCAUUCUUGUAGUAUAGGAUGCAAGUCUUUAAUGAACGAGUGUGAAAGGCUUGAGCAAUUCAGUAAAAGACUAAUAAACGUGUGAGGCUUGGACUCAAAGCGAAUUGAAAUUUGGAAAAAAUGGCGCAUUAGGAGAGAAAACCAGAACCUUUGGACCCUCAGGGAAUACAAAAUACAAGGGAAAGGACGUCUUAGGAUCAAGCUUCACAGGUGGUGUGAGACGCAAGUUGUUAUUGGAUGGAACUUUUUAGUUUCAGAUCAUGAGAGUAUAAUUUUUUGUUUACACCGGCUGCUACCAAAGCCCGCUUUGCUUCACUUGCUCGAUUUUGGUAUACUCGAGCAAGACUCUGCAUCAAUCGAGUAACAAAGAUAGCGUGAGCAUGUGGUGCUUGUUGCUUGGAUACAGUUCGAACCCAGGUUUAAUAGCCGUGCGCUUUGUACAGCGGGCUCAUCGGUUAUGACCAUCAAUUUAUCAAACUGAAACGGAUGUUUCCACUCUGAAUACCAGAUUGAAGGGAGAAAACAAGAUUGACAAGUUCAGAAGUUCGAGGUUCGAUGACUUCAUAAGGCUUGGCGCCAAUUUUCCUCCAUACUGAGGUUGUUUCUUCAAUAGUCUUCCUAAUCAACUCUGUUAACGGCGAUAGAUUCCUGGAAUUUACCGAACCCAACUGAAAGAUUAACUGUACGAUACUCUUGUUAUAUGAAGUAAUUCCCUUGUUGAGAAAAACACAAAGAAAUGUAGUAGUUUUGUAAUCUUCCUGUGCAUGUUUAUUUCAGGUUAGUCUUGCAGGUGUGACUGAAAUGAUAAAAUCGUGUAAAGUGUAAAAUGACUUGUUAUGGAGAAAAAAGGUAUAGCUAUCAAAUGUGUCACCUUUUUCGCCCAGGUUACACGAGCGUAAGGCUAAUUUUCCUUUAAAUUCUGUAGAAAUCAUGACAAAGAAAUUAAUAUUGGUUGCUAAGGAAGCCCAACAGCAAAUUGGAGAGACGAGUUGCUUGUGGCUGGAACGAUAUUAAAAUCGUUGCAUGCCGAAUGAAUAAUAAAACCUUCCAAUUUAGCAGUACGAAAUAAUAGUGCAGUAGAAGGCAUCUAACUAAACAAUAUUGUUAAUUGAUUGAUAACUGAGCUAGUGAAACAGUUCUUAAAGAUCAUAUCGACACCCCAGGCGUCUUGCGCCAUGUAUAUAUAUACAUAUUGAAACGAUUAUAAAAUAACAAGGUUCUAUAAAUAAUUAAUUAACUGUUAGACAUUCAAGAAGUUUUUUUGAAGAUGGUGUUUUUUGCACAGUUGAACUGCCGUUAAAAACUUAUUGACAUUGUGUUUCUGUUUCACAUCGUGAUCAGUUUAUUUUUUUUCCUUGCUCUAUUUAUUAACUGAAAACCAUUGCAUACUCUAUUUAGUAUAGCAAUGGAGUUAAACGGAACAGUCUAGGCAGAUUACCGUGAUGCUGCUGGCUCCUGUCUGUCUUGUUUUAUUUUCUCGCUUAUGAAUAGUUAACGACAACAGUGGAAACGUUCUCAGGCAAAUUUAGUAACGCGCUGUACGUGAUAUUUAAGAGACGGCCUUGGCUUUUUAUUUAUUAAUGCACUUUUGUCGUAAUUUGUAGUAGACCUGUCGCAAUUUGUAGGUUGGUUUAGUUGUAAAGAGAAUAGUAUUUAAUAAGAACUUCUCUUAACUGCCGUUAGUACGGAUGGAGACCUGGUUUUGGAUUCUUGGAUGGGUUCUUUCCUUUCUUGCCAUCACUGGAAAUGGAUUUGUAAUCUUCCUCGUCUGCAGCAGACGAAAUCUCCGCACCAAAACCAACGCGUUUAUUGUUUCACUUGCAGUAGCGGAUUUCUGUGUUGGUUUGAGCGUCAUUCCUUCUUUGUUUAUAUGCGACGUUACAAGCACCUGUGAGUGGCCUCAGACUUUUCCGUCAUGGAAAGAUGUCGUAAGGUGGCUGUUUAGCUACCUGUCUGUUUUAAACUUGAGUUCUCUGGUGCUCGACCGUUAUAUCGCCAUCGUAAAGCCUUUUAAAUACAUAACUUUUAUGACUCGAUCUCGUGUUAUUCAAGUGAUAACUUCCUGUUGGAUAGCGUCAUUUACAUUGGUUGCGUUCAAGACCGCACUUCGGCUUUGCUGUGAGACCCCUCUGACCAGUAUCGUUGCAGUUGUGGUUUUAAUGAUUUCCAUGGAAAUCGUUCCAUGCGUUCUGCAGAUAUUCUGUUUUGUGUCAAUGUUACUUCAUGUAUGGAAACAUGAUCGGUCAGCACACACCCUAGCAAAACAGUUACGUUUUAACCAUGGGAUAUCUUUUAAAACCCAUAACGAGACGUCUGCAGUAAUAAUGAUGGGUAUUGUGAUAGGAGUGUUUGUUGUGUGCUACGGAAUAUAUUUGCGUUGUAGUCUCGUAGUACUAUCCGACACAAAUGCAUCAUGUAAAGAUGAACAAUACAAAAUUCCUGUAUUGGUUUUAAACUCGGCCAUUAACCCAAUGUCUUAUGCUUUUUUCAAAAGAGACAUAAAGAAAGAGUUUAAAAGGCUUAUCAGUCAGCUGGUUUAA